AUGGGCUUUAAUGUCUUCAUUCACCCUUCGCAGACUCUAGCCUCAAACAUCCUGCGGGACACCUUUGCUACAAGUGCCCUUCAUGCUAUCCGAAAUCCUCCUAAUGCAAGGUUUAUAAAUGCGGAGAUUGCACAACGCGCUUUGCAGCUCAUUGAAGCUAUGCAAGCAGAGCCUAUUGGAAGUGAUGUGACUGAGCAUGACAAUCUAAGCUCGUUACAGGCAUUGCUUGUUUAUCAGUGCAUCCGAUUGUUCAACCCAAGCAACAUAAGUCAGCAGACCCAGGCUGAGAGAGAUAAUAUUGUGCUUCAAUUGUGGGCAGUACGGUUGCAAAUAUUUCAAUCAUCUGAUAACAGCAACGAGCUUACAAGUAUGACUUGGGAAUCAUGGGUGAAGCAAGAAGCCAUCCGUCGGACACUAAUAUGCACAGAGCUUGUCACCGGGACCUACACCUAUCUUCGAGGACUCUGGCCCAUUGGUGUACAAUGCCAUCACGAUCUUUGGUUCACUGCCCAGAAGCGCCUCUGGGAGGCCAAGUCCGCUGUCGAGUGGCGGCUUAUACGUGACGACACUAGCUCUCCUUUGCUCACUACCAACCUGUUGCGACUAGAUACCGACCUAGAACAGGCGUCCCCGAGCGACUUAGAUGAUAUAGGUGUCUUGCUGCGGGUUGCGGGGAAGGGUUUUGAGGAUUUGAAUGAGUGGCUCAGUCAUGAUGGACGAGCCCUAAAGAGAUGGGGUGAUAUGCAUCUGCGGUAA